AUGUUUAUGUUUAGUUUAUUCAAUAUUGAAAUGAAAAUGUGUACUUCACAAACGCUUCUUCUUUUAUGCAUUGUUUUUAAUUUAACUGAAGCCCUGGUACUGGACACUUGUUCAUCUUCACAAAUAUAUAGCAAACAUGCUUGUGAAGAUGAAGAAAUGGUGUUAUCCUGUCCCAAAGACAUGGUCAUUAAAGUUUCAAGUACCCAAUAUGGCAGAACUAGAACCGAUAUAUGUCCAGGACCAAUACACAAUACAUCUUGCAAAGCUCCCAGCAGUCAAUUUAUUUUGAAGAAAGCUUGUUCUGGAAAAAAUGAAUGUACCAUAAGAGCUGACAACGAUAUUUUUGGAGACCCAUGCUUGAACACAUUGAAUUAUUUGGAAGUGAAGUAUUGCUGUAUAUUUUUAAUAGCCCCCAACCCAGUGGGCUGUGAUUCUGCACCUCAAGUUGAAACUGCUUGCAGUUCCAAAGUUUUAAGUCUUAUCUGCCAAGUGGGUACAUUGAAAGUAUUGAGCGCGAAUUAUGGUAGAACCGACUCAGAUACCUGCCCAUACGGUCCAAUUGAAACCACGAAUUGUCAUGCUGAAAACUCCACCGAAAUUGUGUCAAAGAGGUGUAAUAGCAGGAGUGAAUGCAAUGUUUUUGCGGACUACCAUGUUUUUGGUGACCCAUGCUUUGGAACUUUUAAAUAUUUAACCGCUCAAUUUUGUUGCAAAUGGGAUCAUUAA